UCUACUUUCCGGCCUGCAUUUCCCAACUGUUUGGUUGCUAGGUGUUUUAGCGUCCUCUCUGUGUACGGUUGCUAAGCUAACGGCUAGCUGACUGAUAUCAGUGUAAGUGAAGCCCAUAAGCCUGGUCUAAAAUGGAUUAUAUACGUCUCAGCUACGGAUGAACACAUUGAAAACGAUAUUAUCUUAUAUCCACCAGUGGAAUGAUGUUUGAAUAAGGUGAGAAUGAGGUCAGAUAACGUUAAACUGGGUAGCUUGGCAGCUAGCUGGUGCUAGGUUACCACAUUCUGCUAACAUCGAUGUAAGUAGAUGUUCAAUUGAGAAGCAGCAGGAUUGCUGUGUUCUGUUCACGGUGUGGUUUUACAGCUGUUAAAUACAGGUGUUUUAAAAGUGUUGGACACUCACAUGAGUUCCAGGGAGGCAGCCAGGAUGGGGGACAUCUUGGCAACUGAAGCUGAUCUUCUAGGGAUGAUCAAGGAGUACCUGAAGUUUGAGGAAUUUGAAGAGACUGUUCAAGGUUUUGACAAGGAGUGCAGAAGCAAAGGCAAGCUCGUCUCAAAGCCUCAAGGAAGUUCUCUCAGAGACUCAAAGACUCGUGGCACUCAGAGAGACCUCCUCAGCUCUUUUGACGACGGAGACCACAAAGUGUUCUUUGAACUGUGGACAGAGAAUAUUCCCUCUGAGAUAAAAGAUACAGACACCGAGGCCCAGAGCCUGGAGUUUUACCUUCACGUCCACUUCACCAUCUACCCACUGAGGAGGCACCCUGGUAGACACGACCGAGCUGAGUUUGAGGAGAGGAUUUCCUACUUCAAGCAGUACCUGGAGAAUCGGGGAGCAGCGCUGAGCCAGACCGCAGAGUUCCUGCCUUAUUAUGCCUUGCCUUUCGUUCCCAACCCUACUAUCCACCCCUCCUUCAAAGAUCUUUUCCAGGAUUCCUGGAUACCACAGUUGAGGGAGAAGCUGGAGCCGUUUCUGUCGGUGACACUGAAGCCGUCCAACACCCCAAGGCUGCUGAAUUUAUACAAAGAGGGAGGAAGGAGUACUAAAGAGGCCAUGCAGCAGCUCCAGCUCCAACUGGUCGAGUCGGACCGCCGCAUCACCAGCUACUCGCGGAAGUUCAACAAGAUGCAGGCCGACUACCACAACCUGAUUGGAAUCACUGCUGAGCUGGUCGACUCGUUGGAGGCCACCGUCAGUGGAAAAAUGAUCUCCCCUGAGUAUCUGCAGAGUGUGUGUGUUCGCCUGUUCAGCAGCCAGAUGAGGCAGAGCGUGGUGCAGAGCGUGGUGCAGAGCACUGACUUCACCAGACCUGGCACCGGAUAUUACUCUAUGAGUCCCUAUGAUGAUGGCUAUGCGUCGUCGAUGCUACGAGCAUCCAUCGCACCGCAGAGAUCCAAGGAGGUGCCGAUGCUGCCCUCACUGGACUAUGAGAAGCUGAAGAGAGACCUGGUUGAAGGCUCAGACAGACUCAGGUCCCUGCUGCUUCAGGCGCUGCGCUGGAGACUGACUCGCUCCCUCCCUGGUGAACAAAGAGACACCGUGCUUCAGGCCUUCAUCAGUAACGAUCUGCUGGAGCGCUACAGCACACAACAGAAAACUUUGCUUCAUUUAAUGGGAUCGAAGAACGAGAUCGUCCGCCAAUACAUGGCUCGCCUCAUCAAUGCAUUCGCUUCCCUUGCUGAGGGCCGGAUUUACCUCUCCCAAAUGCCCACUCUUCUGAAACUUCUGACAGAGGUACUUAGGAUGGAGGAAAGAGACUCCGUCACUAGAGAGAAUGUGCUAGUGGCCCUGCAGAAACUCAGCCUCAGGAGGAGCCAGCAGACCGCCAUGAUAACAGACGAUCUGAUUGGCUGGCUGGUGGAUGAGCUGCAGGACUCAGACUGCCUGAGCGACUACACCCUGGAGUACUCUGCUGCUCUGCUCAUGAACCUGUGUCUGCGAACGAAAGGAAAAAGGAAGUGUGCGGAGAACGCCAAGCACGUGCUAAAAGUUCUAACUGACGUCCUUGGACAUGAGAACCAUGAGAUUCGACCAUAUGUGAAUGGAGCCCUGUACAGUAUCCUGUGUAUUCCCUCUGUGAGACAGGAAGCCAAAGAGAUGAGUGUGGAGGAGAUUCUCCGCUGCUACAGCAAAGAGGAGAACCCGGACCUCAAUAGACAGAUUGAGUUCAUCAUUAAACAGCUAAACUCAGCUGAUGAAGAGGGGCCAGAGUCAGAUGAUGAAGAGGAAGAGGAUGACAAUGAUGAAGAUUUAAUGGAAACGGAACUUGAUCUAGAGGAAGUCCUCCAACCACAGCCAAGGGAACUGUCUGGGGAGAGUCUGCUCACCACUGAGUACCUGGGAAUUAUGACAAACAUGGCAAAAGUGAAGAGGAAGUCAACCCCUCUGUCACAACCAAGUGUUGAUGAACCCCUACAACGGCCAGUCACCCCAAGUUCUCAUCGUAACGUCAGCACGGUGGAUUAUCGAUCCGGUGACGGUAGCAGGGACAGGGAAUUCCCCCUCAGCAGACAGAAGAGCGAGGAAGGAAGCCUGCCUCCUUCUCGAUACAACUCCCGACCUCCUACACGCUCCGGCAGUCGCCCCAGUACUGCUGACUCCCUACGUCACAGCAUCGACUCAGAGUGCGGCCGAUUGUCCCAGGAGUCCGAGUUGGACAGGCCAUAUGAAGGGCGAGCCAGAAAAGGACGUUCCCAGGAGGAACACAAUGGACAAUCUGCCAGUGGUGAUUAUGUCCCUGCAUUUACAAGCCGGCCCAUGGUUCCCCGUACACCUGACACAGCAGGCAGCCAGAACACCAGCGCUCAGCGGGCUCGAGGCCCAGCUCUGGCGCCCCAGUUUUCCCAGUCAGAGCCGCAGCAGAGCAGCCGGCCAGGCUCGGCCAGCUCCACAGGAGGAGGGGGACGACAGAGUGGAAGCAGCCAGUCAAAGAGGAGGUGAAGAGGGAGCUGUCACCAUGGAGGAGCGCUAUCUCCACGGGAGCAUCGGGCUUCCUGUAACAUCAUCCCCCCAAGGUUGUGAUCCGGGUCAGGGCAACAGAGAUGAUCGAGGAUCAGCAGCAGCAGGAGAAGGGGCUUGAACAAUGCAAAGGAUUGUGGCUCUCCGUUUCUUUUCUCCCCCCUCCUUCGACUUCAGCACAGACUUCUUCUGUAACAUAAUAUAGACAAUAAUAACCACAACCCCGGCCGUCCAACCCUGUGAACAUUGUAGCCUUUAGUUGGCCCUGAAUUUCUACACUCUCUCAUCAAGGUGAUAGUUGGCACACCUAAAUAUUUGCCUCCAGCCAUGACAAAAUUCACCUGAAACGAGACGCGGGUAUAAGUAUAGCUCCGAGUUGGGGACUUUCACCUUUCUGGUUUUCUGACAUAAGCACAUUACAUAAACGGAGACCCAGAGACGCCUCAUUUUGUUAAUAAAACCUUAAACUCUGCGCUUAAGUCUGAAUACAAGCCAGCAUGUUCAGACUUAAGCACAGCAUGGUUUUAUCUGGUUCUAACUACAUGUAAACAAACCUGACAUGACUAGGCAUAUAGAUAAACAUGUUUUAUAAUCUCUCUGUGAUUAUCACAAAGUGUGAUUCAUUUGAAAUGAGGCAUUGCAGGGACUUUGUUUGUCUUUGAAUUUAUUGUACUGAUAUUAAAAAAGUUCUCAUCUCGAUUCCAUAAAUCUAUGCUCUUCUGAACUUCACUGCGUACUGUAUAUAUUGAUUUUUUGACUGUGGUGGAAUAUCCGUCCACAUGAAUAAUUAAUUGUACCGGCUUUAAUUCAAAUAUAAGGCAUUAUCUCAUAUCCGAGUAGCUGCUCUAUAGUUUAACUUAUGCUCCAGGAAAUGUUUACAAUAAAGACACAGGUCUUGACGUGAGGUGUCAGGCUCGUGCAUGCUUUUUAAAAAAAAUAUUUAGAAGUACUUAUUGCUUUUAAUAUGCACUACCAUCCGUAAAACAUCUGACAAAAACUAACUUGAAUUUGCAUUGUUUCCACUGUACAUUUGCACUGUUAUUCAGGUGUUUGUGAUGUACAGUAUAUUUAUGUUAACUGCUACGUGUUUUGUCGUGAUGAAAUUGGAUAGUAAUUGAUUUUUAUACUUUUUAAGUGGUUUUAAAUAAAUGUGUCACCUGUG